AUGGCUAUGGUUGAGAACAAGUCACCGACUGACAACUCCAACAACAGAGUGUGGGGUUUCCUCAGGCUGCCCUUCCGAGCUACCACCGGGAAUGCGACGCCGUCCCCUUCGUCCUCGUCGCAGCUUCACCACAGCCACCACAACAACUACCAGCACGGCCAGAAUAACGCCCCCGUGGAAGGAUCUAAUCCUCACCCUCCCAAUUCGGUCUCUUCCGUCGCCAAAUCGCUGCUCCCCACGCGCCGCCGCCUCAAGCUCGAUCCGGCCUCCAAGCUCUACUUCCCUUGUGAGCUUAUUCUCGAUCUCUCCCGCACUGUCUAUGAACCCGGGAAGCAGGUGAGGAGUGCCAUCAAGAUUAAGAACAGUAGCAAAUCCCAUGUAGCGUUCAAGUUUCAAACAACUGCGCCGAAGAGUUGUUUCAUGCGCCCACCUGGGGCUGUUCUUGCUCCUGGGGAGAGUAUCAUAGCUACUGUUUUCAAGUUCGUCGAGCACCCAGAAAACAAUGAGAAACCAAUGGACCAGAAGAGCAGGGUUAAGUUCAAAAUUAUGAGCUUGAAGGUGAAAGGGCCAAUGGACUAUGUGCCUGAGCUGUUUGAUGAGCAGAAGGACCAGGUAGCAAUAGAGCAGAUAUUACGCGUUAUUUUUCUAGACCCAGAGCGCUCAACCCCUUCUUUGGAGAAGUUGAAGCGCCAAUUAGCGGAGGCUGAUGCUGCAGUGGAAGCCCGGAAGAAACCCCCGGAGGAUGCAGGUCCAAGAAUCAUAGGCGAAGGACUCGUGAUUGAUGAAUGGAAAGAGCGAAGGGAAAGAUACCUUGCUCGACAGCAGGGUGAAGCGGUAGACUCGGUAUAGACGAAACUAAUGAGCAUCGAGCUUUUGUUAUUCACGGCUUGAGUAGCAUGGAAAAUUGAUUGAUGUCGGUAUGUUCCUCGUCUACUCCAUUGUACCAUAUAGGAAGAGGAGAAAAAAGCUCUUGAGAAUGUCUCCAUGUAAAGAAAAGAUAUGCAUUGUUGUUGUAAGGUUGAUUUGUUUUGUUGAUUUUUGAGUGUUAGAAGAACCCCUUGUUGUAUGUCUUUCACCAUUCAGCUCUGCCUGUAGAUAAAAUUAUAAUUUUGAUUUGGCCUGCCUGCUUCUAUAACCUGAAAUUAUGAACUGGUCUCAUGUUGGGUUGUAAUGCUCCUAAUUUGAUGAAUUACUAGCUGUUUUUCACAGAGAAAGGAAAGCCGGCUCUUCCUGAUCUGACGUUGCCGGGAAAGAGACGAGCGAGUCUUCCUCCAAGAACUGGUUCUCUUUAAUAAGUUCUGAAGAACUUUAUUUCAGUCAAGGGGCACUACAGAAUUGAGUUGCUCCCUUUAUUCACCUCUGCUAAUCAGCAGAAUUUGGCAGGAAAAUCUUAACCACCGACUAACAAAGGAUUAAUAUUGAACUAUGAGGUGGGCAAUGUUUAGAUCUGUAUAUGGAAAAAGAAGCUGAUUCAAAGAUGGGAUCAACCGAAUCGCGAACUAAAUGCGCUUCUAAUCCAACUUAAAUCGUCAUUUCGCUUUCAUAUUUGCUCCGAUUCAUUCUCGAUUUGAUUCUGGACCAAACAAAUC